GGUGGGAGUGGUAACUGGGGUCCUGAUCUCAUGGGUGACGUGGCCCUCACGUGAGCCGGAGCCGACGAGUGCCGCCGCCUUCUGGUCCUGGUCUUCGUUUGCUCCCGUUGCUGUCUCCCCAUCGCCUGGAGGGCGGCCGGAUUUGUGGCAAGGGGAAGGAAGAGGAGGUCGCUGCCUGGAUCCCAGCAGUCGGGGGCUGUGCCGUUCAGGGCAAAGGAAUAAUCUACUUCGAGUCUCGCAGGAAAAGCUGGUACCGGGAUUCUCCGAAGGGCUGUUCGGUCCAGCUGAACCGCUCGUCGCCGCGGCGUCCCCUGUGUCCGCAUUCUUGCGCCUGAAGGCCAAAGCAACCCCCGGAGACGGAAGGAGACCAACGUUGUGCAGAACCAAUCCUCUUGUUUGUAGGUCUGCUGGACAACCGUGCACUUGGAGACACCAAAGAGAAGAAAGAAACCGCUUGGACCUUUGCUAGUGCAUAUGAGGGUAUCACUGCCCCCAGGACAUCUGGAAGACCUGCAGUGGUCCUGCUGUAUCGCAGCUGCAGCAGAGCCCGACAGCGGUAGCUGAGGACUCUGCCCCGCGCCCCACCCACCCCGUCCCCCAACGUGAGCUCAUUCUUCUGGGCCAGAGCAAACGUGCUCUGUGCCAGCGUUAAGAGACUCACCCCAGCUCUACCAUGGGCCGCACUCGGGAAGCUGGCUGCGUGGCCGCGGGUGUGGUCAUCGGGGCUGGUGCCUGCUACUGUGUAUACAAACUGACCUGGGGAAAAGAUGAAUAUGAGAAAGCCUGGGAUGACGAUGAGGAGUGUAGUGACACGUCAGAGACUGGGGUUGAGCCUGAGAUAGUAGCCAGCGAUGCCGUUGGGGAGGAGCCUGUAGCCAAACUUCAGGGUGAGUCAAAGGCUGAGGCCGAGGUGAGCCUUGAACUCGAGAGUGGCCCAGCUGUAAAGAAGGAGGCACAGUUGGGAUCCCAGAGCGGAGGUGGCCUAGAAGCCAAGGCCAAGGCUCUUUUCAACACCCUAAAGGAACAGGCAAGUGCAAAGCUGGGCAAAGGGGCCCGGGUGGGUAGCAUCUCUGGGAAUAGGACCCUUGCACCGAGUUUGCCCUGUCCAGGUGGCAGGGGUGGAGGCUGCCACCCUCCCAAGAGUGGAGGUAGAUCUGGGAGCAGAGCAAGUGGAAAAUCCAAAGGAAAGACCCGAAGUAAGAGCACCAAGGCUCCAGCUACAACUUGGCCUGUCCGUAGAGGCAAGUUCAACUUUCCCUAUAAAAUCGAUGAUAUUCUGAGUACUCCUGACCUUCAAAAGGUCCUCAACAUCCUGGAGAGAACAAAUGAUCCUUUUAUUCAAGAAGUCGCCUUGGUCACUCUGGGUAACAAUGCAGCAUAUUCAUUUAACCAAAAUGCAAUCCGCGAAUUGGGUGGUGUCCCAAUUAUUGCAAAACUGAUAAAAACGAAAGACCCCAUCAUUAGGGAAAAGACUUACAAUGCCCUUAAUAACCUGAGUGUGAAUGCCGAAAAUCAGGGCAAGAUUAAGACGUAUAUCAGUCAAGUGUGCGAUGACACCAUGGUCUGUCGCUUGGACUCAGCUGUGCAGAUGGCUGGAUUAAGACUACUAACCAAUAUGACUGUGACCAAUCAUUACCAACAUUUACUUUCCUAUUCCUUUCCCGACUUUUUUGCUUUGUUAUUCCUGGGAAAUCACUUCACCAAGAUACAGAUAAUGAAACUAAUUAUAAACUUUACUGAAAAUCCAGCCAUGACAAGAGAGCUGGUCAGUUGUAAAGUUCCAUCAGAACUGAUUUCCCUCUUUAAUAAGGAGUGGGAUCGAGAGAUUCUUCUUAAUAUCCUUACUCUUUUCGAGAAUAUAAAUGACAAUAUAAAAAGUGAAGGGCUUGCAUCAUCCAGGAAAGAAUUCAGCAGAAAUUCACUUUUCUUCUUAUUCAAAGAGUCUGGAGUGUGUGUGAAGAAAAUCAGAGCCUUAGCAAAUCACAGUGAUCUUGUGGUGAAAGUCAAAGUCCUGAAAGUGUUAACCAAACUGUAAUUUUGGAUGCAUCCCAGGCAGUGCUAGGGUAAUUUCUUAGUUUGCACUUGGGAUCCAUAUAUUUUGUACAUGCUUUGUUUUUCACUGUGCUGAUAUGGCGAAGAGAUGCUUUGAACUGCUAUUUUGGAAUAAUGAAUAUCACACAUCAUCAACAGUGAUUGAUGCUGCUUCUGAUGGUGGAGAGUUAGGCUGGACCCAUUUUGAGGAUGCUAAAAGAAUAUUAUGGCUUGUAGAAAUAAAUCAUUUAAUGAUGUUGAUCUUGCUACCUAGAUUGAGAUAUUUUUACUCUCUCCUGUACUUAAAGUUUAACAGUGAACCAAUUAUACCUCUUGAAAAAGCUACAUUUUGUAUUGGUUUAAGUUUCUUAAUAUAAGGCUUGUGUGUCAUCAAUAAAGUUGUGUGUUUUAAGCAGCAGAAAAACA